GGCUCCUUGCCUGUACUAGGCGGCCAUUUGCCUCCGCCCCUCGUCCCUUCCCUGGUUGCCUGCCGGGAUUCGUUCCCGUCGACGACGCCGGUCGGGUGGGAAAGAGGCGCAGCUGGGAGUGAGCAGUAAGGGAGGCGGCGAACAGUAAUAAUGCUGAGUUUCUUUCGACGAACACUGGGGCGCCGGUCUAUGCGCAAACAUGCUGAGAAGGAACGGCUAAGAGACGCCCAGCGAGCUGCAACUCAUAUCCCUGCUGCUGGAGAUGCAAAAUCCAUAAUUACAUGCCGAGUCUCUUUACUGGAUGGGACUGAUGUCAGUGUGGACUUACCGAAAAAAGCCAAAGGUCAACAUCUGUUUGAGCAGAUCAUGUACCAUCUGGACCUCAUUGAAAAUGACUACUUUGGACUACGGUUCAUGGACUCAGCGCAAGUGGCACAUUGGUUGGACAAUACCAAGAGUAUUAAAAAACAAGUUAAAAUUGGUCCACCAUACUGUCUCCAUCUUCGUGUAAAGUUUUAUUCCUCUGAGCCAAACAAUCUGCGUGAAGAACUCACAAGGUAUUUAUUUGUCCUUCAGCUAAGACAAGACAUUCUGAAUGGCAAGUUGGAAUGUCCAUUUGAAACAGCUGUGCAGUUGGCGGCUUACAUGUUACAAGCUGAACUUGGUGACUAUGAUCCAGCUGAGCACAUCCCAGACAUAGUGUCAGAAUUCAGAUUUGUGCCUAACCAGACUGAGGACAUGGAAAUGGCCAUCUUUGAGAAAUGGAAGGAAUACAGGGGACAAACACCAGCCCAGGCAGAAACAAAUUAUUUGAACAAAGCCAAAUGGCUGGAAAUGUAUGGCGUAGACAUGCAUAUAGUUAAGGCAAGAGAUGGUAAUGAUUAUAGCCUUGGACUAACACCCACAGGAGUUCUUGUGUUUGAAGGAGAAACCAAGAUUGGCUUGUUCUUCUGGCCAAAGAUAACCAGGCUGGACUUCAGGAAGAAUAAAUUAACACUGGUGGUGGUUGAAGAUGAUGAGCAGGGCAAGGAGCAGGAGCAUACAUUUGUUUUUAGACUGGAUCACCCAAAAGCCUGCAAACAUUUAUGGAAGUGUGCGGUUGAGCAUCAUGCCUUCUUCCGCCUCCGUGGACCCGUCCAAAAAGGUUCCAGUCGGUCAGGCUUCAUUCGGUUGGGGUCACGGUUUAGAUACAGUGGGAAAACAGAGUACCAGACAACAAAGACGAAUAAAGCUAGAAGAUCAGCCUCUUUUGAAAGAAGGCCUAGCAAACGAUAUUCACGGAGGACACUACAAAUGAGAGCCAAUUUUACUAAAUCUGAAGAAACCAGCCUUCCAAAUAAUGCUUUAAGCCAAAAUAAUGGAUUGCAGCAGAACUGGAAUGCAAUGCCAGCCUUGCCCUCAACAGUAACCGUUUCUUCUGGCCCAGCCUUAGUUGAAAUAGAAACUCUUCCAAGAAGUCCUGGGAUCGUCCAUCAAGACAACAAAUGCAUGCCAUUGGAUAAUAAGGAUUUGUUGGGAACUUGUAUUGACAAUGCUGUUGGCUUGGCUUCUGUUGGAGAGUCAGUUGGAACUGUGGAAGAGGCAGGUCUUAGCUGCUUUGCCUACGGCACAAAAGAACACCCUUCAGAGAAGGUGGAUUCUAAUGCUGAAGAUGCAUUACUGAAGCUGAAGCAGCUGGAAGCAGAACUUAGCCCAGUUCCCGUUCCUCACUCAAAUAUAAACAUCAAUGUCAACAAACAGGAAGAGGUGAUGAAGCUGACCGAGAAAUGUCUGAACAAUGCAAUUGAGAGCCCCGGGAGUGCUUCAGUACGACUACCUCUAGACCUUAAGAGCAACAUUUUGAAAGCCCAAGCCGAGGCAGGGCAGAAGAUCACAAGGGAGGAUAGCAUGUCUGGCAACAAGAACACUAAUGUUCAGGAUGGUGCUGCCAGGAACAUUCUUCUAACGGGAAAAAUUCAGAACAGCCCUCUACGCACCCACAGCCCAGUGUUCCAGGAUCAUAGAGAGAGCCUAACAGCAACCCCUGUCUCAAGUGCUUUUGUUCUGAAUGAAUUAAAUGAGGAGAACUCUACUGCUAGCUCUGAAGAUUUGUUGAAUCCUCCUAAUCUGGUCCCAGCAGAGGAGGCUGAUGUUUUAAUGAACUCUUCACAGGACUUGGAGAUUUUGUUGACAUCACAGGCAGAAAACCUCAUUGACUUCACAGAAUCCAUGCCUCGGGUGUCAUCACCACCAACAAUUGUGCCCAGGUGGUUAGUGCCAAGUGGAUUCACUUCCAAUGGACCUUUGGGAAAUGAUGUAGCCUCAGCCCUCAAGACAGUAAAAGGCAUAACAGGGACAGCAGCUGCCUCCUCCCCUCCAUUGUAUUCACCUGAAGUGAUGGCCAGUCCUGUUGCUGAGGACACUACGAGGCCAAAAUGUUUACUCACUACUGAACUCUAAAUUGUGACGAGUCUCAUCUUCCUAGCAACGUCAAUAAACCUUUAGAAAAGACGUACCUGGAAUUCACACACACUGUGGCUGUUUUACCUGGAUCUUCUCAACUGGAAUAAAGUGUAUGACUGUAGGACGAAGAGCUGCUGGGAAGCUUGAGCACCCCUUGCACGUACACUGGAACUGGUUCUGACGUGUAACCAUGAGGUUUCCAUCCAUUGUAGUGCUUUUGGCUGUAAUAUGUGCUUGCUGCUUUCUAGGUACAAAUGGAACAUGGCCACUGCUCUGGACCCGUUAGCUUUUAUCUGGCUCAUUAUAUUGUAACCCAGCUAUGGGGAGGAUUAGAGGUUCUAGGGCCAUCUGCUGGUCGUUGGUAUAAAAGCAAGUAGCAGUAAUAAUAUUUUGGAUGAGCAAUACUUAUCCCUCUUUUCUGUAUGUUCAGCUCCUCUGAUUGCUUCUUUUCUACCAAAAUGGGACAAAUGCUCAUGGCCUUAAUCCACUUUUUAGACUUUGCACAUUUUCUUACAACGUAUGGAAGGAACUGAAAUGCAGCACCUUGAUACCAGUUUAUCCUACUGGCAGGCUAUUCCCUUAAGUAGCUAGGGAGGAGAAUUACCACACUAUUGAAAGAUGUUGGAGGUGAGUGGAGGGGUCCCACACUUGCCAUUCUAACAAAAAGUAAGAGUAGGCUACAAUAUGCCUUCCACUGAAUGAAAGAACUUGGGCGGAAGACUACGAUAGGUUAUACAUUAGGGCUGCACUGUUUUCCUUUGUGUUUUCCUCCAGAUGUUUUUUUCAGCUGCACAAAGUAUACUGACAGCUUCAUUGACUUCAUUUAACUAAGAGUAAUGAUCGGGCAUUUGGGGAAAGGGCCCUUCUCUGUGCAUUAAAGUGCUUUGGACUUAGUUUUGGACCAAUGGUGAAACCAUUUUUACCACAAACUCAGGAAGAAUGUUGUUCAUUAGUUUUUAGAAUCUUUGUUAGUACGUUUGACAAACCACUUGACCACUGAGAGAAAACAGUGAAACCUGGAAUCCAUAGUCAGGGCACAAUUCCCAAGUUUUAUUCAGUAACUAGCCCAGGGCUUCUGCUUAUUUUCAAAGCAGACAGGAAAGCGGUUACAUGCAUUCAUUGCAAUGGCUCUGCUUACAGAGGUGCCCAACUGUGAAGGUGGAAUUAAAAGUUUAUAAUUUUCCUGGAGUGUGUCCUCUUGAACAAUGAAUUGGUGGUCUUAACUCUGUUUCCAAGACAUUGUUUUGGGUUGCAGGAGGCUUCAUGUGUCUGCAAAACUGUUUAAACAAGAAAGCAAGAAAGACGCUCUCUCAAGAGAAAUCAGAAAUAAGAGGAAAAUGAGCAUAAUGUAUAAGAGCUGCCUCUGUCCUGCAGCUGCAGUUGAAUUUGUGCUGUGUACUUGAGAUUAAGAGGAGCCAUCCCUGGUUUUGCGGUUUUACUUGGAUAAAGAGGAGAGGUGACCCCACUGGACCAAACCACUAUGCCAACUGCUGGAUCACGUUUGUCUUUUGCUUGCAUCACUGCUUGCCUGAUAUAAGGGUAAUCAGUAGAAUUGAAAAACAGGCAGCUGUAAGAAUGGGCUUUUUUUUUUUUACAAAGUUGCAUGAUGGCAUUGGAGGGGAGUGGCUGACCACUUUCUCUCCAUCAGUAACUACUUUCUUUCCUUGCCAGAUGCAGCAGCAAUCAUCUGGUCAGUAUUCUCUGUCUUUUGAAGCAAUUCUGGUAGUUUUUUGCUCCUAGGUAGUUCUAGAUGACCAUGAGCAACAUAGCAGUGGUAGCUUUUGUUAAAUGUUUUCCAAAGUGAACUGUGGUGGUAAAAAUCAAAAUUACCUCAUGAAGCCUGACUUUCUGAAGUGACAACUACAUUUUUAGAAGCUGUGGUAUGCAGUUGCAAGGUCCCAUUUUAAUUUCAUUAAGCGAUUUCUGCUUUAAUAAUAAAAACCUGAUCACCCUUAACAUUAAGAAAACACACACACAGAGAGCCAUUCUCCCUAUCAUUCUGACAGAUAAAGUUGCCCCGUUAACCAAAGAAGAAGGGAAUGUUUGAUCCCACUCAUGUGGGACAUGUGUGUGGAAAUUGUGAAUUACUGCAACAAAUCGUACUACUGUCUAGGAUAAUAAUGAAAUAUAUUGAAACAAAAAGCUAUGCUUGCUCACUCUUUUAAUGUCUGACAGAAGACCCUUGUACAAGAUAUGAGAUUUACUUUCCUUUAUUCAUAUUAAUUGUGAAGCCACAUGACUUUUAACAAAAUGUCUAGAAAUGUGCAGACUCUUGCCCAGAAGUAAGAAAAUCUCUGUUCUUGUAUCAGGAAGCAGCGUGUGGAAUACUGUGUUUGUUGCCUCCCUGCUCUCUGCUCUGGUAGGCAUUUUGAGCUGCAGCACAAGUGGGAAGGUGAGAAUGUUGUGCUCUGUGGAUGGAAAUCCUUUCCUUUGUGGAUACUCUCCACUGGAGCCAAACAAUUAUUUGAUGAUUCUCAGCUUCCUGUAAAAGCUUGGCUGUACAGAAUAGCUAUCACAGAACUUAGGCCUAGUUCAUACAUGCAGGAGAUGGCUGUAGAUAGAAGAAUGGAUCGCAUCACUUGGGACCAUAAACCAGAAAUUCCACGUUUGAAUAUGCUUUUGUAUAAAAUACUCCAUUCAAAUAGAGCACAGGAGUUCAACCCAUUAUUGUCUGUGCUUGUUUUUUAUUUGAGAGGAAGCAGUAACAUAGAAAAGCAUUCCGAAUGUGGUACUCCACUAGUAGUCUGAUGUGGUGCAGCCUGUUGCAGCAGUCAACCACCUCAUUCUCCUGCAUGUGUGAACCAGUACCUGUCAAUGGAGGUGACUGUGGUAACAAUCAUGUGAUCCCAGGUCCUGUUCUAUUGAUUAUUGGGAUUGGGUGUAAGGCGCUGGUUCAGUAAGAUAAUUGAGGUUGAUGGGUGGAAUAUUUUUCUGAUUACCAUUACAAAGUACCCUUUGACCAGCUCCAUGGAUGCAAAACAAUUAACUUAAUUAGACACAUUUCUUGAUUGUUCAAAAAAUUUAGGUUCAAUGCAUACACAUAGCAAAGAGCAGGUGUUACCAGUCUCUUUUACCACAUGAAACUGCCUUAUUCAACAUCAGUAUUGUUUGUGAUGACUGGCAGUGGCUGUCCAAGGACUCAGACAAAAGUCCUUCAUGUCACUAUCUGAUCCUGUCAACUGGAGAUGCCAGAGACUGAAUCUGGAACCUUCUUUAUGCAAAGCAAAUGUUCUACCAUUGAAUCAUAGCUCCAACCUAAAUGUGUGAGAUGACAAUUCAACACUGAGGCAUAUAUUGUGAAAGAUUAUGUAUAGAACAUUGUGCAAAUUAAGCUACUGUGGACAUAUCCUCUAAUUGGAACACUCCCUCCCUGUCAUGUUGCAAGCGUAGUGGAAGACAGGUGGAUCACAGCCAUAACUUGAGUUUCUGUGGAAAUGUAGACCAGAUCGCGCUGGUAACACUGAGUGUCUACAUUCACACGGUGAAAGUAAAGUUGGGGGAGGCAUUAUUAUGUUCCAUAUGCCUAAAAAUGGUGGGGAGGAUUAUGCUGUAGCGUGUGUGGCAGAUUAUGUGUUUUGAUUACUGGUUCCAUUCUUAUUUUUUAACUGGACAAACUUACUUUAAAGUAUGUAAGAAUUAUUUUUAGAACAUUUUGAUUUUUUUAAGCCCAAACAUACUAACUUGUAAUUCAUUUUUAAAUGAUGUAGAGCUUUACAGUAGCUCUUAAGUGUAACUUAUUUGUUUUAUAUAUAGAUAUAUAUGUGUACGUAUGAGGUGCACUGUGUUUCUUAAGAUGUAUAAACUGUGCUAGAUUCAUUGCACUGAGAACAUCUUUAUAUGGGAACAAGCAUUGUGAGUUGUAGUUCCUUUGGAAUAAGUGACAACCUGUUUAUGCUGUAGACUGUUUCUAAAUACAACACAACUGUGCAAAA